AUGGUCAAUCCCACUGUGUUCUUCAACAUCACUAUUGAGGGCAAGCUCCAUCUCCUUCCAACUGUUUGCAAAGUUCCAAAAGCAGCAGAAAACUUUUGUGCUCUGAACACUGGGGAGAAAGGAUUUCAUUAUAAAGGUUCCUGCUUUCACAGGAUUAUUCCAGGACUUCUGUGCCAGGGUGAUAACUUCACGUGCCAUAAUGGCACUGGCAGCAAGUUCAUCUAUGGGGAGAAAUUUGAUGAUGAGAAUUUCAUCCUGAAGCACAUGGGUCCUGGAACCUCACACGUGGAAAAUGUUAAUGGUUCCCAGCUUUUCAUCUGUACUGCCAAGACUGAGUGGUUGGAUGGCGAGUACGUGGUCUUUGGCAAGGUGAGACAGUGCAUGAAUAUUGUGGAACCCAUGGAGUGCUUUGGGUCCACGAAUGGCAAGACUAACAAGAUCACCACUGCUGACCGUGGACAAAUCUAG